CCUGCGCAGUGCUUCCCAUGUGGGCCCCGGCUGUCCGCCCGCCCCGGUGAGCCGCCGCGCGAACCGCCGCCUCGGCCAGGCCCUGCCACCAGCCGGGCAGCCGCCCCCGCCUCGCCGUUGCCGCCCCCUCUCGGUCUGCACGCCGCCAUGGGCAAGAGCAGGACGAAGCGCUUCAAGAGACCUCAGUUCUCCCCUACCGGCGACUGUCAGGCCGAGUUGGCAGCGGCGGAGAACGGGACCGAGCUGGAGGAGGACGACGGGCCGGCGGCGGAGCUGCUGGAAAAGCUCCAGCACCCGAGCGCCGAGGUCCGCGAGUGCGCGUGCGCCGGGCUGGCGCGGCUGGUGCAGCAGCGGCCGGUGCUCCCGGACCUGGCGCGCCGGGACGCCGUGCGCCGCCUCGGGCCGCUGCUGCUCGACCCCAGCCUGGCGGUGAGGGAGACGGCGGCCGGCGCGCUCAGGAAUCUCAGUGCCUGUGGAGGCUUUGAGGUUUGCGAUGACAUGGUGACGAAGGACGUCAUGACGCCGCUGGUCGCCCUGCUCCGGGAGUGUAGUGCCGGACUGGAUUCCAACGAGGUGCCUGCGCGGGAAGAGAAGGAGCAGCACAGACAUUCUGUUGAGAACAUAGCCAAUGAGGCCGUGAACGUGCUGUGGAACAUCUGUGAAUGCAGUAACAGAGCAGUGUCUAUAUUCAACAAAGAAGGGUGCUUGGAGAUGGUAUUAAAGUACUUAAGUCGGUUUCCCACCAACGUCGACCUGGCUAUUUCAGCAGCCUAUUGUUUGCAGACGGUAACGGAAGAUAACCCAGAGCUACUGAAAUCGCUCAGUGCCUCCGCGCUGCCCGUGCUGGAAUCCGCCAUGCGGGCUCCUGUCGGUUCCAUGGCGUAUACCCUGUUGAAGACACUGGUGGCAGGCACAGUGUGGAAUCUAAAGGACAUUAUUCCGUCCAAGAGUCAAGCAGAAAUCAUAAGCGCCAUCCUCAAGAUCUUAUCCGAAGUUUUGGAAAUGGACGCGGGCGCGGUGGUCAUUCAGAUGAAGGAGGCCGAGACGCAGAGGCUGAGAACCGCCGCGGAGACCGAGGAGGUGCUGGAGAGUGCGAACGGCGCGGGCUUGACCGAAGACGACGAGAUGGAGGAAACUCCUCCCAAGAGAAGGGUCAGGAGGAAAACUUUCAUUUCGGAUUUACUUCCGCCCACUAACGAGGAGCUGAGAGAGGCCACGGCGCUGCUGACGGCGCAGCAGACCGCGCUGGAGAUCAUCGUCAACGUGUGCUGCAGCGAAGAUCCCUCGGACGACGAGUGGGAGGAAGAGCUUUCCAGCAGUGACGAGAGCGAGGCGUUCAUGGAGAGUUCCCUGGGCGAGGGCGGGGGGCAGCUGCUGUCUCCCCUCUGCCUCUCGCAUGAGACGCACGCCGCCCUCACCAACUUCCACAUCCCCAGGAAGGUGUUUGAGAAAACUGCCUUUCCCAGCAGCGCUGCCGUGGACGUGUGUUCCAGGAACCCCACGUGGAAACCUUUGGUUAGAAAGAUGAACACCGUGCAGUGGCGAGCCCUCGUGUGUCUCCAGAGUCUCGUGUCCCUGCUGGAGGUGGAGCACCUGGGCGGGGCGCCGGCCCUGCAGGCCCUGGCGCAGCACCUGUCCACCCUGCUCUUUUCUCAGCCAGACUUUGCCAAGCACGUGGACUUCCUGGAAGCCAUCAGCAGCGCCUUGAGGGCCCUUCUGCAGACAAUGGCCGCCAAGAACAUUUCUCAGUGCAUGACCCCCGACCAGCUGAUGACGCUGUGCAGAGCUGGCGUCCAGAGCGGCAGCGUCGGGGUGAGAGUGAACGUGGUGAGCAUUUUGGGAAUCACGGGCAGCGUCCUCGCCAAAGAAGAUGGUGCACUUGAAACUCUCAAGACCAUCGGGUGCUUCCUGCUGGAGGUGGCCACCAAGGACCCGUCGCUGGUGGUGGUGGGAGAGGCCCUGGACGCCCUCUUCGAUGUGUUCGCUGACGGCAGCGAGGCUGAGAGGGCCUCGGUGCAGAUCCGUCUGUUGUCUGCCCUGAAGGAAUUCCAGCCAGUCUUCAAGAUGAAGUGAAAAUGUUGACUCCGGUGGCUUGACAAUAAGAUGGCGGCGUAGGUAAAUGCCUGUACUCAUCACCUCCCACGACCACAUCAAAAUUACAACUAAAAUACCCAACAACCAUCAUCCAGAACCGCUGGAAAGCUGGCUGAAUGGAAGUCCUACAACUAGAGGUAAAGAAGAAAGCACUGAGACUGGUAGGAGGUGUGGAGACGCGGAACAGGCUGGUCUGCACCCACAUGGGCUGCUUUUUUAAUCUGGAGGAGGAUCAUCUCUGCGGAGGCCCCCGGAGGAGCAAGGGGUACCAGCCCCACACCAGACCCCCAGCCCAGGCUCCCAGAGCUGGGAAAAGAAGUCCCUACAGGCAGGAAGAACUCCGGCUGUAAAAACCGGGGCCCGGGGCUUGGUAACACACAGGCUGCUAGAGACCCAGCUGUUCCUCUUCAGAGGUGGCGCCACGAGCUGAGCUCACAAGGUCUGCUUCCCUCUGAGCUCCAGCACAGGGUGAGGCUCUGCGGACACAGACACAUACAGGGAGGAACUGGAGUGUCUGGCAUCAGGGCAGGAACUCGGGGAGGCGGCUUUCUCCCAGUCGGAGGUGCUCACAGGGAUCAUUGUUCCUAUGCUGGGAUCUCCCUGGUCACAGUGCUGAUUGGCAGCCAUUUCUGUUUGUUCCGUCCUGGUGAUUCCCUAAAACCUUGUCCCACCUAAUUUACAACCCCACCCAAGCUACAGCUGGGUCAGGAAGCCCCAAACCUAUCAAUAAAAGGCCCAAGACCAGGCACCAGUACCAGCCUGCCUUGCUUCACAGCUGGGCCUCAUCUGGGCACUUCCAAACCCAAUACAAAGAGGAGGAAUCUGCAGAUCUCUCGUAGCUUCUGCUGGGUGGCCCCAGGCAGUGGCUGACUGCACCUCUCUGGAGACCCAAGAGCCAGUGUACCCAGUGGUCAGAGUGAGACCAAACCAGGUUACAACUCUUCACAUCCAUAAGUGACACACUCAAGGGGCAGACUCAGCACCAAAGCCCCACUGAAGCAAGUCCUGCUCCAGAGAGGUGUCUCCUGCACAGCAGCUCUCCCGCUGUAGUUGCAGCUGGUCUUCACAGCCAAUUGUUCUGGAGGUCAAUUCCUCCCAGUGACACCAACAGCCAUCAAGUCUCAAUUACAACAAAACAGUGCUCACAGCCCACAAAGGGGUGCACCUAGAGCUCCCAGCUCUGAUGACAGGGGGCUGAGCCACUGGGCCCUAUAGAAUAUCUAAUAAACAAGGCUACUCUACCAACUCAAGGAGACAUAGCAGCUCUACCCAAUACAUAGAAAUAAACACAGGAAACAGCCAAAAUGUGGAGACAAAGAAACAUGUCACAAAUGCAAGAAAGCAAGCUACUGGAUAUAGAGUUCAAAACCAUGGUUAUAAAAUUACUCAAGAAUCUUCUAGGAACCUCCAAAAAAAUGGAAAAGGACUAGUCAGAAAUUAAGCCUGCACUGAUUGAAAUAAAGAAUAAUGUACAGGGAUUCAAAAAUAAGUAGAGGAUUCUGAAAAUCAAAUCAGUGAUUUGAAAUAUGAGGAAGCAAAAACACCCAACCAGAAGAGCAAAAAGAAAAAAAGAAUCCAAAAAUAUGAAGCUAGUGUAAGGAACCUCUGGGACAAUUUCAAGUGUACCGACAUUCGCGUUAUGGGGUUGCCAGAAAAAGAGAGCAAGAUACUGAAAACCUAUUUGUAGAAAUAAUGAGAAAACUUCCCCUACCUGGUGAAAGAAAUAGACUUACAAGUCCAAGAAGCAGAGAGAGUCCCAAACAAGAGGAACCCAAAGAGGCCCACACCAAGACACAUCAUUAUUAAAAUGCCAAGAGCAGAAGACAAAGAGAAUCUUAAAAGCAGCAAGAGAAAAGUAGUUAGUUACGUAAAAAGGAAUGCCCAUAUGACUAUCAGCUGAUUUCUCAACAGAAACUAUGCAGGCCAGAAGGGAGUGGCAAGAAAUAUUCAAAGUGAUGAAUAGCAAGUACCUACAACCAAGAUUACCCAGCAAAGCUGUCAUUUAGAAUUGAAGUUCAGAUAAAGAGCUUCACAGACAAGAAAAAAGUUAAAGUCCAUCACCACCAAACCAGUAUUAUAUGAAAUGUUGAAGGGUAUUUAAGAAGAGGAAGAAGAUAAAACAGA